GCGAGACCCGACGGGAAUAGCAUUUUUACCUGCCCAUGUACGGUAAUGGCGCACCUGGCAGUUGUGAAGAUGACCUACUUUCGAUAAUUUAAGUGGAAUACUGCUACAUUUUCGACUUUAUUUUGCCUACAUCAUAUCUUUUUUUACGAAAGGAGGCAAAUAAUAUUUAAACAUUGACUUACCUGUACCGAAAAACCGCAAAUUACCAGCUUGUGAGGUGAAAGUAGGAAGUAAACACGAAGUUUUGCGUCUGCAAAUUCAAACGAGAGAAGUCAUCAUGAGUGUGAAAGGUGUUGAUUCUUUGGACGAUAUCCCAUGGAUUUUCCGUGUAGGAUUUAUAAUCUUACUGGUAGCCUGUCUUUUCCAUGUUAUUGGACUUGGAAGCGCCCAUUGGGCUCUGACGGAAACAGCCGAAUAUGGAACGGUGGAGUUUGCUGGUCUGUGGGAGAAAUGUGCAGAUCUGAAUUUGGGAGGAGAUGAACCCGACUUCAAAUGCCAAGGUUUCGUCUGGGAAGAUGUUCAGGUUUCUCACUGGUUUCGGACCAUACAGACCAUGCAGGCGAUGAGCUUCAUAGGGAUGCUGGUGGUUUGUGUGCUGGCAGCCAUGUACAUGUUUGUUCCAGACUUGAGAGGUUACCCGACACUGCGAUAUUUAUCCGUCUUUCUCUUGUUCCUCGCAGGAAUCUUUAUCGUGACAACAUGCAUCGUGUUUGGAUCAUUGAAGGAUGUCCAAAAGGCAAGGACCAUGCCCAACUCCUCCGUCAAACUUUCCUGGAGCUUUGUCCUCGCCCUUCUGGCUGGGAUCAUGGACUUCGUCGUCGGCAUCAUCUUCAUCAUCGGAGGCGAGAGAGAAUGAUUAGAUGUUCUCAAUUAUGUUCAGGAAGUGUUAACCCUUUCAUCACCCCUAUGUAACUUUAGUAGACUCUACCAUGCAUUGAUAUGGAUGAGUCCAUUAUGGUCUACAGCGGUGAAAGGGUUUUAAGAAGAUUGUAUUGUGGAAAGAAAUUGAUUCGUAUAUAACUGAGAAGUGUUUAUUUUCAUUGGAAUUGAAAGCUGUAGACUUUAAAAAAAAAUGUUAUUUUGUGGAAAAGCUGUUCCAGAGAUUCGAUUUUCAAUGUUUAUAAUCAGGAAAAAAAACCCAUUAGAGAUAAUAGGAUUCCUUUCUUUCCAAAAUACAAUAUUUUAUGCUGUUUAAUCAAGAUUCAUAUUCAAAGAGAUUUGUACAAUCCAAAAUUCACAACAACACAUCCUAUCAUUUCCACUUAGAACUAGACACAAAUGCAGAUUUUGAUAUUUCCUUUCCUAGUCAACAUCAGUAAAUAUGAAAGAUUUUUUUUGAAAGAACAGUGGGGUUUUUCUACACAACUCUGUCGAAAAUUGACUUUUAUAGACAUUUUAAAAACUUAUAACUUGCUAUUUCUAGGCUUUGUCUGAGUUGUCAAUUUGGAAAAAACAAGGGAUUUUUUUUAAUUGACCUUGCAGUUAGCUUAAGGUUGUUGUAUUGUUGUGUAAGAAAAUGGACACCAAAUUUUUGUUCAGGUUUGCCAAAGACUAAGUUGAAUGUUUUAUAAAAAAAAGUUACUGGGAAGAUAUUUUAUUCAAGAAUAAACUGGUUGUGUAUUUAACAUGAAAGAAAUCACUAUCACUAUUUUUUUUAAAGUAAAGGUCAAAUGUGAUUGUGAAAUUAAGUAUUAUUUUUUGGGAAAGGUCAAUCAAUUUUUCCUUAAUAUGACCUGAAUUGCUAGUAUAAAAUGCUAGAAAACUUCGCAAAACUAGAUAUUUUGAUUCCCAUAUGCAGUUCUUAUAAAGUUUAUUUCAUCUGUCUGUUACAAAAUUUUUAUUUACCUGGUAUCCAUGACUGUACACGUACAUGUACUUCUAACGGGUAUAGUCACAUUUUCUCUAUGAAUUUAUAGAUUUCACAAAUAAAGACAAAUCCCGAUUGUCUGCAUAAUUUUUAAACAGAAAAUAGGCUAGCAAACUUGAUUUCAUUUCACCCUUAAAUUGAAGUUUAAAGUUUUAAAAUGUUUUUGUCCAAAGACCAUGUUUUCAGAAUAUCAUUUUCAAUCUUUAUCUUGAUGAAUUUACUUUUUCAGUCUUUGAGAAUGAGAAAUCAACUUUACAUAUAAACCCAUGUCAUCUUUAAUAGAAUUCAACUUUAUUUUCUAUUUCUUGUCUCAUCUAUAGAAUUUGUUACCUAUAUAUCUACUGAAGUAUUGGACCUUUUCUAGUAAUUCAAAUAAUUGUUUAUCACCAUCGAAAUAUACAUUUCUAACUCCAUUUUGUUAAAUAUUCCUCAUAGAUACAUUUUUAUCCAUGAUUUUGUAAAUUUAUUUGUAAAUAUUUUUCAUAUAAUAUUCAUCCAUCCAUCAAACAAAAAGAACUUUAUUUUUGUACUGAAAUAAUGGGUUGCUAUCAUUAUUCAUCAGUUUUCUGUAAAUUCUAGAAAAUUCAUUCUUUUUUGCUGCUGCUGUUGUUCAGAAUUAAGUCGUGUAAAAAGUAUUAGAUUUUUUAGAGAAAAUCAGAACCGAGGCAGAAGUGGUGGUCUAAGCUGAUUGAACAUCGGUACCAAAUUUAGACGUGGUGAGACAAUGGUAUACCAUCUGGACAUACAUCGAUAUACCGUCAGCACUGAAACUAGCUAAGCAGCCAUAGUAUUAGUGUAUUGUUGGAAUCAAAUUAACAUUCAUACAUCAAUUUAUUGCACAUGCCAAAAUUAUGAAAAAGAAUUGUAUGUUUGUUUCCACUUGUUUUUUUAGCUUGUAAAGAAAAACAAGUAUUUCCGAUAACAUCUCGGUUUCCUACUUGAAACGACAGCAUUUUGACAUGGUACAAAAUGAGUGAUCAAUUUCAAUUGACAAGAGAUAUUUGUAAUGUUUGAUCAUGCAUGCACCCAAAUAUCAAUUCAUGUUACAGUAGGAAUUAUUUCUUUUGUCCUUUCAAAAAUAAGUUAAGUUGAAGUAGGAACUUCAAUAAAUCCCAAAACAAAUUUGUUUGCUUUAGUUGGUUAUUAGAAAUAUGGUAUAUGUAAUCACAAAUACUUGAGGACUUCCCUUUAAUUUUAAGUCCCAGUUGAAAAUAUAUAUACAUGUGCCAGAAAUAUUUGGAAAUUCAUUUGCAGAAAGUCUCUUUCAUGUGAAAUGUUCUUAUCCUCCUCAAAGGUGGAGGGGUUUGGUUUCAAUGGUUGUUAAAUGCAUUUUUAUCUCAUCUGUUAAACACAUGUACAACCAAUUAAACGGGGGGGAAAAGACACACUUUCGUAAACAUCCAUUUUGACAUUUUCUUCGGGAAUCAUUUUCAUAAAUGAUCAUUAUACAUACUGUACAACAAAUAUUUGUUGAUUGUGAGUCAGGUAAACUUAAUAUGUAGCAUUAAUCAAGAGAAUACUUUAUAAUUAGUUAAAUUUCUUUUCACACAACUAAUGUCCAAAUUCCAUAUAACUAAUUUUGUUUACCAAAUGAAAAGAUAUUUUAGGAACAGUUUUAUUAUUAUUAUUUUAGAAUGGAGCAUAUAUAAUCUAGACUUUGAAUAUUUUGAAGUUUUCAAUGGAAGUCAAUAUUACAAGAUGUAAAACACUGUGUAUUUCAUGUUUAUAAAGUACAAGUGCAUAUCAUUUAAAUAUCACUUAAGUACAAUUACUGUAAACCUUCUGCUAUGUGACCAUCAUCUUUGUUUUUGUAAUUAUUUUUUUUAUUAAUCUUGUGUCCAUGCGAUGAAGGAACUUUUCCAAAAUAUCGGUCAAGGGAAUGUUUUUUUUUGUGGGUUUUUUUACAAGUUGGUGCAGGUUAGGCACAAAUUGUUUUGAAUAUCGUAAAGUGAUAAUUUUCACCCAGAUUUUUAGAUAUCCAGCACAUGUACAUAAUCUUCAAUCCCAGAAAUUUUGUGAAUUUGUUGGUUUUCUUUAAUCAUUGUUUAUGUUGAUUGACAUGAAAAGUGUGAAGUAUUCUUCUCUCAGAAAAACAAAGGAACAAGAAUCGUGUUAUUGGUUGUCAACAUAAUAUAUCACCGACCAAAUGAUAUUACAACUCGUACCUAUUACCCUUGCUUAGCUAAAUCAACUAGUCUGGUUCAAUGGUUUUAGGACAGUUUAUCAUGUUAACAGGGAGGACAGGAUCGCCAUGUUUUGAAAGACUGAUAAAAUUGUGAAGAAGACUUUGUGAGAUAAUGUACCAGUAAAAAUCUGUUGAUACAAUCACAGGUUUAAAUUCAAAGGGAGUUUUUAUAUAUAUAAAUUUAAAAAGAUUUUCUUGUCCUCAAGAUUAUAUAUAUUUUACUAUGUUACUAUCACUUUAAAAACCUUUAAGAUCCGUUUGUAGAUAAAAAAAAAUGUAUCAGACGGCAUCAAAAAACACUCUUUAGAUCAACCUUAAGAUUUGAAAAAAAAAUUAAGACGGCAUUGGAAAUCUUUCUUGCAUUUUGCCACUAUUUAUAUGAAUUCACAAAAUCUACAAAUACUCGCUCAUUCUGCAGGCAUUUACAUUACUGCUGACAUAAUUUUGGGACACUAUAGAGAAUAUUUAUAUAUAUAUAUACUUUUGAAACUAUGCAUCGUGUGAUAAUCAUAGUAACUAGAAAUCACUCUCUCGUUUAUAGUAUCUCCCUGUUAUUAGUGUAAAUAUAACAAUUUAAUAUGUAAAUAGAUUUUUUAUUAAUGAUUUACAGAUGUAUUGCAGGUCUAAUGAAUAUGUAAGACAAUAAACAACAGAUGAUUAAUGUGG